GAAGGAGAGAGCCUUUUCGUCGGGCAGGGACGUUUUCGUCAGUUUGGGCGAAAAAGCGACGAUCUCAAAAAUCACCGUGACGAUCGAUGAGGUGAUCUACCCUGAGCUCAAUGACACGUCAUCUGCAGACAUGCAGGCUUUCGAAUGGCAGCCUCAGAAUGGCUUUCCCAGACAGUGGGACACCAAGAUCUCUAGCAGGGCCUACAACAUGAGCAAUGGAGGCUACUUCUUCAUGCACUUCCACACAGAGACACGCUAUGAUCCAGUCAUCCUCUACUUGGACUUCCCAACGUGGACGCAGGUGACAGGAACCGCCACAGUCGUGGCCCAAGGAGUCCACAAACAGUUUCCAGUGUCCUGCAAAGGUGGAGAGCAUUUGAGGCUAUAUGGGGCUAAGCGAGUUUCAAAGAUCACGCUCUUUAUCCAAAAGUUGGUGAUUCCGGAUGUCCAAGAGACGGAAGACUUCGUGUGGGAACCUGAUGGCGGAUUUCCUUCAACCUGGGACCGGCAGAUAUUUAGUCAGUGGUACAAGACAAAGAUUGGGGCCCUCUUUUGGAUCACGUACUACUCGGAGACGCGCUUUGACGUCAACUACUUCAGGCUGGAGCUUCCACUAUGGGCACAAGCGAAGGGCAUUGCAACAGUGGUUGGCCAAGGAAUUCGCAAACAAUUCCCAGUGACCGGCAAUGGCGCUGUUCGUGUGAUGUUGGGUGGGGCGAAGCGCGUGUCGAAGAUCACCCUUUCACUCGCGAGCCUAGUGGUCCCGCAAAUCAAUGCCACCAGCACCGCCGGCGCUGAACGAUUCGUGUGGCAACCAGAGAAGCAAUUCCCGCCUGAGGACGACCGCAAGGUAGAUAGCCAGAGGUACUCGUUCAGGGUCGGGGGAAGCUUUGUCAUCAGAUAUUCUUCUGAAACCCGCUAUGACUCUAACGCGUUCGAGCUGUACCUGUCAAACCAGACGCAGCGCGUUAAGGGCACGGCCACGGUUGUAUCUCAGGGCGUCAGCAAGCAGUUCCCUUUUGCCGGCAGGGAGCACAUCCGUCUGGUUUUGGGUGGCGCCAGGAAGGUCUCGCAGAUUACUGUAGAUGUUGAGGAGAUUGAAUGA